AGAGACGAUAGUGAAAGAGUGAAAGAUAGAGAAAUGGCAAGAACACACUUCAUCUUUCUUGUACUAAUGUUUUCAUCAUCAUCAUCAUCAUCAUCAUCGCCACCAUCAUCAUUAUCAUUAUCACGAGAGCAAGAGGAAGACAGGAUCCAAGCACUUCCAGGGCAACCAAAAGUAAGAUUCUCACAGUUUUCGGGUUAUGUGACAGUGAACGAGUCACACGGUCGAUCACUCUUCUACUGGCUCACUGAGUCAUCUUCUUCCCCUCACACCAAACCACUUCUUCUUUGGCUCAAUGGAGGACCAGGCUGCUCAUCGAUUGCUUAUGGAGCUUCAGAAGAAAUUGGACCGUUCCGAAUCAACAGUACCGGUUCAAAUCUCUAUCUCCACAACUUUUCUUGGAAUACAGAGGCAAACCUUUUGUUUCUGGAAUCGCCCGUUGGAGUUGGAUUUUCAUACACUAACACAAGCUCCGAUUUAAAAGAAUCUGGAGACGAACGUACAGCUGAAGAAAAUUUGAUAUUUCUUAUUAAAUGGAUGUCAAGAUUUCCCCAAUACCAAUAUAGAGAUUUCUACAUUGCUGGUGAAAGCUACGCUGGGCAUUAUGUUCCUCAACUUGCCAAAAAGAUCCAUGAGUACAACAAAGCAUGCAACAAACCAAUCAUCAAUCUCAAAGGAUUUAUGGUUGGAAACCCAGAGAUGGAUAAAACCAAUGACAAACUAGGGACCAUAACGUAUUGGUGGUCACACGCAAUGAUCUCCGACGCUUCUUACAAUUCAAUCCUCAAAAACUGCAACUUCACGGCAGAGAGAUUCACCAAAGAGUGCGAUUCCACCAUUUACGACGCUGCGGCAGACUUUGGAGACAUCGAUCAGUACAGCAUCUACACACCCAAGUGUGUACCAAAGUUUAUAGGGAAUAAGCAAACGCACAAAACGUUACUACCUAAGCCGAUUUUAGAUGAGUACGACCCUUGUACCGAGAGCUACGCCGAGAUAUACUAUAACCGUCCCGAGGUACAACGAGCUAUGCAUGCUAACCGUACCGCCAUUCCUUAUAAAUGGACUGCUUGCAGUGACUCUGUGUUUAACAGUUGGAACUGGAGAGAUUCGGACAACUCGAUGUUGCCGGUAUAUAAGGAACUCAUGGAGGCUGGUCUAAGGAUCUGGGUCUUUAGCGGUGAUACAGACUCGGUGAUUCCAGUGACAGCGACUCGGUUUUCCCUCAGCAAACUCAAUCUUCCAGUGAAAACUCGCUGGUACCCUUGGUACUCCGGGAAUCAGGUAGGAGGACGAACAGAAGUAUACGAAGGGCUUACCUUUGUGACUGUAAGAGGAGCAGGCCACGAGGUUCCAUUGUUCAAACCGCAGAGUUCGUUAAUCCUUUUAAGAUCGUUCUUGGCUGGAAAAGAGCUUCCAAGAUCUUAGUUUGGCAAGCCUAUGGAACCUGAGUAAACAUGGUGUUUUGUUUCCGUUUUUUUUUGUUCUGUUUUAAGAAGCUAUUCAUUUCUAAGACAAUAAGACUUUGAAGCAUUC